AUGUCUCGGGUGGUGGGGCUUGGUUGUGACCUUUUCAAGCCGCCGUCGAACCGGUGGGUUCUGGAUCCUGCAUCUUUGCCGGUAACGGAACUCCUACAGUAUACUCCUGUACAAGAGUACUUGCGCGCCUUGGAACGGUUUUGCGACCCACCGACCAAAGCGUUUGAGACUGUACUGCUUCAGUACCCUGUUUCGACUGUCUAUAUUCCGUCUCUGGAUGCCGAAGAAGAGCUCCCGGCCACUUAUCAGCCGAACUGCCCAGAUGUGACUAUCCCAGAAGCCUUUCAAAAUUCGGUAUUUCUAUCGGUCUAUGAGCAAAUAAAACUGGUUACAAAUCUGCUGGUUAUACCCACAUCGGAAAUGGACCAAGUGGGCAGCUUCACAGGCUUGCCCAUGGACCCUGGUAUUCCCACGUUCAACAUGGAUAGUCGAUGUGACGAAGUGCAGAUCUUUGGAUCGUACAUACUUGCUUUCCGUGACUACAUAUCAAAGGUACCGGACUUCUCAUCUUUGAAGGAGCAGAUCAUAGCUCACUUUCGUUCGAUUCUUUGCGAAAUGGAAUUGGCCUUGCAGACCAGCAGGAAGCACCGGCUGGUAUUGGCUGAAAACUUCGUGGAGAACCUGCGGGGGGAGAUGCUAUAUUCGCCGGACGAAGAGAAUUUAGAGGAGGUGGUGUACAACAUUUUCAAAGUGCUACGUGCAUAUGACACGUUUGUGAAAGAUUGGACGGCAUUGUCCAAGCAGACGUUGCCUUUUACGCGUACGCGUGACGCCGAGAUGGAGUCGAUAAAGGCCUUCGGACACAGUAUCCGUGCUUCCUCAGUGAUGCGGUCUGCUCAGACGGACAGUGUGUGUCUCAAAGUGAGUCGCAGUGAGCUUCUUGUGGAAAAAGAAAAGUUGAAGGACCUGACUCGGGCUCGGGCGCGGAAUAAGGAAGUGGAGAAGGCGACGCAGCGGGACCGCCCGGUGGUAAGUCCGGAGAUGCAGGAACUGCUCGCGUCCAUGGCGCAAGAACGCGGUCAACUGUCCUGGGACGGCAUGAACCUAAACAACGAAGACAAGUCGGCCCGGAAAGAAGAAUCUCUCUUAGAGAGCCCACUGUUGGUGUCUUGGCUCGACUCGGAGCUUGGUUCGUAUGCACCCAGUUUCUUCUACUCGCUAGGCUCCUUCUUAGCCGCGGCACAAAAAGCCACUGACAACUCACAACUGCGCUUUUUGCUCGACUUGCUACCCGCCGUGCGAGUCCGCAGCGAGUACGACUUGAUGGCUUUAACGGACUACCUGUCUAAGAGAGUCUACCCUUCCCACGUGAUCGCUGGUCAGGAAUCGCAGACGGAAUGA